AUGGGAGGCUCAUUAUCUCGUCUCAUUUCCCUAGUGUGGGCCAAAAAGGAGAUCCGCAUCCUCAUUCUCGGUCUAGACAACGCUGGAAAGACUACUCUUCUCUACCGGCUUAAGAUCGGUGAAGUCGUCACUACCAUUCCUACCAUCGGCUUUAACGUCGAGUCCGUGACAUAUAAAAAUCUAAAUCUCAAUGUCUGGGAUCUCGGUGGGCAAACAUCUAUUCGUCCAUACUGGCGGUGUUACUACGCCAACACAGCAGCUGUUAUUUUCGUCAUUGACUCCACAGAUAUCGAGCGGCUGGGAACCGCGGCAGACGAGCUGGCGACUAUGCUGAACGAGGAGGAACUUCGUGAUGCAGCUUUGCUGGUGUUUGCCAAUAAGCAGGAUCAACCCGGUGCCAAGGGCGCGGGUGAGAUCUCGGAAGCUUUGAAAUUGGGAGAACUUCGUGAUCGGAACUGGAGCAUCGUCGCCUGCUCCGCCAUUGAUGGCAAGGGUAUUGAUGAGGGCAUGGACUGGCUAGUGCAAACCAUUCAGGCCGAAAACGCAUGA